AUGUGUUGGGGUUCAUUGUUUGUGCAUGCGAGGAUUUUCUCGUUUCUUGCGUACAACCAUCGGAGGUUCUGCAGAAGGGAUUUGUGCAGGCUUGCCCGAGUCGUGCUGAGUGGGGAAGGUGUUCUCGAUUUCUGGGUCAAGAAAGCUGCUCAGCAGCUGCUCGAUUUAUUGUCCGAGUCGGACAACAAAUGGAUUUCUCAUUUGAAUUUGGACUCUGAAGAAAACACGAAGGAGGAGUUGUUCAGCUCGAUGCCUGACUGGCUCAAAGAUGCCGGUAAAGAUGGUGAGCGGAUGGUCCAAUGGCUUCCUAUGUUGCCGGACGAGUUUAACGAGAAUAUACCCGACAACAGUAGUGGAGUGUUAGGUACUGAAGGCAAUUUUUCAGUUGACAUUGAUGAGAGUAAUCAAGAAAUAGAAUUAGAUGAGGAUGAAAUGAGUCUUGGCGACCCUAUAGACGAGGCAGUUGAGAUAUAG